AAUUUUGACUAAUGGGAGGUUUGAACAAAGCAAAUUAGAUGGGGAGUUAUCAAAAAGUGAUGAGUAUGAGAAAUUAGUAAAAGAUAAUAGUCCAGACUUGGUUAAUAGUGAUGGCGACAAAAUCGAUCAAACAAAGAUCGAUGGAUUAAAAACUGCUGGCGGUGAUGCAGCAAAUGCCAUUACCACAUUAGGUGUAGGCGAUUUAAAAGAUGAUACUUUAAAAGCCAAGUUAGGUAAUAAGAAGUUAUCUGAUAUUCCUGAUUCCAAGAACUUAGAAAGUUUGUUAAAAACAAACGAAGAUCUAGAAAAGUUAUUGAAAGGAGUUGGUAUAGAUCCAACUAACUUUGCCGAAACAGCAAAGCAGAUUAAAAAAUGA